AUGCCCCAAGCGGGCUCCCUCUGCGUUUGGAGAAUCCAGACUGGAGGAGCGGGGGCGAAGGUUGCGUCGGACUGCGCCGGCGCCGGGGGUGGGGGUGGGGGAGGGGGGGGCGGAGCCGUCUCCACGGCAACCCUCGUGCAGCCGGGGCAGCUCUGCCGCGCGGGAAGCGCGGGUGCUGAGGCGCUGGCUUCAGGCGGGGCUGCGAGCACCGAGCGGCCCGAGCGGCCCGGGCCGCUGCAGGACGAGACCCUGGGUGUGGCGUCCGUGCCCUCGCAGUGGAGGGGCGUCCAGGGCAACCGCGGGGAGACGAAAAGUUGCCAGACGGCCAGCAUUGCCACUGCUGAAGCGUCCGCCCAGACCCGGAAGCAUGCAGAUGCUGAGGUGCAGACCGAGGCCCCUGAGCCAGUCAGCCUGCAGUCUGUGCCCCAGUAUGAUGGCCCCCGGCUUGUGGCCUUUCUCCGGAGAGUGGAGGCCAUGGUUACCCGAGAGCUGAACAAGAAUUGGCAGAGCCACGCGUUUGACGGCUUCGAGGUGAACUGGUCCGAGCAGCAGCAGACGGUGACCUGCCUCCACACCCUGGGCUACCCACCAGCCCAAGAACAGGGUCUGCAUGUGACUGGUGUCUCCUGGAGCACCACUGGCUCUGUGGUGGCCUGUGCCUAUGGCCGGCUGGAUGAUGGGGACUGGAGCACGCUGAAGUCCUUCGUGUGCGCCUGGAAUCUGGACCGGCGAGGCCUGAACCCGCAGCAGCCGUCGGUGGUGGUGGAGGUGCCCAGCGCCGUCAUGUGCCUAGCCUUCCACCCCACGCAGCCAUCCCACAUUGCAGGGGGGCUGUACAAUGGCGAGGUGCUGGUGUGGGACAUGAGCCAUCCGGAGGACCCACUCCUCUGGCGCACGGGCCUGACGGACGAUGCGCACACGGACCCCGUGUACCAGGUGGUUUGGCUCCCGGGUCCCCAGCACGGCCGCCGCUUCCAGGUGCUGAGCGUGGCCACUGAUGGGAAGGUGCUGCUCUGGCUGGCGGUCGGGGCUGGCAGGCUGCAGCUCAGCAAGGGCUUCGCCCUGGCCAUGCAGCAGCUCCCCAGGAGCACCAAGCUGAAGAAGCCUCCCCGGGGGGAGACCGAGGUGGGUGCCACAGCAGUGGCUUUCUCCAGCUUUGACCCAAGCCUUUUUGUGCUGGGCACGGAAGGCGGCUUCCCGCUCAAGUGCUCCCUGGCAGCGGAGGAGCCUGCCCUCACACGGAUGCCCAGCUCUGUGCCCCUGCGGGCCCCGGCACAGUUCACCUUCUCUCCCCACGGCGGCCCUGUUUACUCUGUGAGCUGCUCCCCUUUCCACAGGAAUCUCUUCCUGAGUGCAGGGACCGACGGCCACGUCCAUCUGUACUCCAUGCUGCAGGCCCAGCCCCUGACCUCCCUGCAGCUGUCCCACAAGUACCUGUUCGCUGUGCGCUGGUCCCCAGUGCGCCCUUUGGUGUUUGCGGCUGCUUCUGGGGAAGGUGAUGUGCAGCUGUUUGAUCUCCGGAAAAGCUCCCAGAAACCCACAGUUUCGAUGAAGCAAACCCAGGAUGAAAGCCCGGUCUACUGUCUUGAGUUCAAUCGUCAGCAGACUCAGCUUCUGGCUGCUGGCGAUGCCAAGGGCAUGGUAAAGGUGUGGCAGCUAAGCAGCGAGUUCACUGAACAAGGACCCCGGGAAACAGAGGACUUGGACCAACUGGCAGCAGAGGUGGCCACCUGAGGUGGGGGAGUCCCAAGCACAGAGGCAGGUGGGGUGAGGCUACAUCUGUGCUGUACGUUUCUGAUGGAAGCUGAAUGAAGACACGACAGGC